CCUGCGCCAGAACGGUUGCCUCGCUCCCGGAAGUGAAGGGUCUACAGUGAGUGCUGCUGGGUCUGGGUGACUGAAGGCAGUAGCGCUCGCGGAGAUCGCCCGCUGGUCCUCGAUCACCAUGUCGGCCUUCGACACUAACCCCUUCGCGGACCCAGUGGAUGUAAACCCCUUCCAGGAUCCCUCUGUGACCCAGCUGACUAAUGCCCCUCAGGGUGGCCUGGCUGAAUUUAAUCCCUUCUCAGAGACAAAUGCAGCCACAACGGUUCCAGUCACACAACUUCCUGGGCCUUCCCAGCCAGCUGUUCUCCAGCCUUCGGUGGAGCCAGCACAGCCAACACCCCAGGCUGUUGCAGCUGCAGCCCAGGCAGGCCUGCUUCGGCAGCAGGAAGAAUUAGACAGGAAAGCUGCUGAGUUGGAACGCAAGGAGCGAGAGUUGCAGAAUACUGCGGCGAACUUGCAUGUCAGAGACAACAACUGGCCACCCCUCCCCUCAUGGUGCCCCGUGAAACCUUGCUUCUAUCAGGACUUCUCCACGGAGAUCCCUGCCGACUACCAGCGGAUUUGCAAGAUGCUUUACUAUCUCUGGAUGUUGCAUUCAGUGACUCUGUUUCUAAACCUGCUUGCAUGCUUGGCCUGGUUCACAAGUGAUGCAGCUAAUGGAACAGCCUUUGGCCUCUCCAUCCUCUGGUUUCUCAUCUUCACCCCCUGUGCCUUCCUUUGUUGGUACCGACCCAUCUACAAGGCUUUCAGGUCUGACAACUCUUUCAGCUUCUUCGUGUUCUUCUUUGUAUUUUUUUGUCAAAUAGGAAUUUACUGUAUCCAAUUGAUUGGCUUGCCUAACUUGGGGACCAGUGGUUGGCUUGCAGCCCUGACUACACUGAAAGCGGGGCCCUUACCUGUGACCAUCAUCAUGAUGGUAGUGGCUGGCUUCUUUACGCUCUGUGCUGGGCUCUCACUCUUCCUCCUGCAGCGGGUACAUGCCUUCUACCGUCGGACAGGAGCCAGCUUCCAGCAGGCGCAGGAAGAGUUUUCCCAGGGCAUCUUCAGCAACAGAACCUUCCGCAGUGCUGCCUCAUCUGCUGCCCAAGGAGCCUUCCAGGGGAACUAGUCUUCCAGACUCUCCUUCCCUCAGCCCCAGCCUCUUCCGCCACCUGCCUUCUGAGCUGCACUUUCCGUGGUGCCUUAUGUAGUGCUUAUGCCCAGCACAGAUCUGGCAGGGAUCUUGUCUUGUCUCUGCUCUUUCCUCAGUGGUCAGCUGUCCCUUCCACAUGAGGGAAGGGGAGGAAGGGACAGGGGCUUUGCUUUUUUUUUUUUUUUUUUU